UGGUCUUCUAUUUCGAUAUUCCAUAUUUCAACAUACUGUUUUCUUUUUCGAUCUUUUAGAAAAACAUUGAAAUUUAUUAUUCCAAUAUGAAUUUCUUACAUAAAAUGUUUUAAACUAUAUAGAAAAAUUCAUUUAUAUAGGUUGAGGAAAAAUAUUUAGCUAAACUGAUCGUAGAAGAAGUCAUAAGAGUGGGUCUCCAUAUACAAUAAAUACAGAAAAGUUAUUAGCAAUAAGAUAAUAAAUAUGAGUUAGAUACGUAAUUAAAGUCUAACGGCAACAAAUAUAUUUUUUCCCUCCUGAAAAAAAAAAAGCGCACAUGGAGAUUGGAAACGUAAAGGCAGAUGUCAAUUUGGUGCUUAACUUGCGAGAAGCAGAAAGGCAUCGGCGAUAUUUUGAUUGCUUUAUCAACGAGAAAUUAUUAUAUCGUAAAUUUAUAGGUAUGUCGGAGACGAGCUUGAAAGAGGAUGAGGUAACGUUAGGUGGGGUUAAAGAGACGAUAGAAGAAGAAUGUUCAGACAAUAAACAUGUGUUGGAAAUUUGUCGGAAAAGGAAGAGAUCAGAUGAAGAAGAAGAAGAAGUUGUGGAGGAAGAGAAUGAUGGAUUCAAGACACCGACUCGUCCCGAGAAUAGAAUCCCUAAGGUCACAGAAUGUCCACCGGCGCCGAGGAAAGGGGAAUAUUUAUAUUUGUCGGGGAUGCUUAGAGGUAAAACAAUGUACUGCCGGAGACGGUUGAGUUUCUCGCCGGAAGAUGACGUGAGCUCGUUUAUAACGGAUUUGCGGUGGAGGACGACGACAAUGACGAUCAAGAAAUAAGAUUAAGGAGAGUGAAAUAUAUUAAACUUUUAGUUCUUAUGAUUUUUAUUUUUCUGGCCGUUUUUAGGUCACGUUUGGAAAAUAUCCGAACGUUUUUUUUUUCGAAAAUACACAAAAGAAACAUACUUGAUUAGUUUGUGAUUUUGUUUUUAAGAGUUUCAGAUCAUAUAGAGAUUUUCUUUUCGAGAUGA